AUGGAGAUACUUCAUGUCUUUUGUCCUUCUUUACUUCUGAUAACAGUUAUGAAAUGUUCUGCAGCAGCCCCAGCAAUGUAUGCAUUGCUGAAGACAUCCAACUGGAGAGAUUUUCAUAUUGCACAGGAAUAUCUUGACAAGUAUUAUAUGCAGAAAGGAAAACACCAGGUUGGGGAGAUGGCAACAGGUGGCAGUUCCAUAACAAGGAAAAUUAGAGAAAUGCAAGCAUUCUUUGGUCUUCAGGCUACUGGGAACUUGGACUAUAACACUAUAAGUGUAAUGAAGAGGCCACGCUGUGGUGUCCCUGAUAUGGCAAACUACCGCCUGUUUCCAGGCGAGCCCAAAUGGAAAAAAAAUACAUUGACCUACAGAGUAUCCAAAUACACGUCCAGUUUGAGUCAUGCAGAGGUGGAUAAGGCAGUAGAGAUGGGGUUAAAAGCAUGGAGUAAUGCUGCCCCUUUGAACUUUGUGAGAGCAAACACAGGAGAAGCGGAUAUUAUGAUAUCAUUUGAAACUGGAGAUCAUGGUGACUCCUACCCAUUUGAUGGUCCACGUGGGACUCUGGCACAUGCUUUUGCACCUGGUGAAGGAUUAGGCGGGGACACUCAUUUUGACAAUGCAGAGAAGUGGACAAUGGGAACAAAUGGAUUUAAUUUAUUCACUGUUGCUGCUCAUGAAUUUGGUCAUGCGUUGGGGCUCGGACAUUCUACUGAUCCAUCUGCUUUGAUGUAUCCCACCUACAAAUACCAGUCUCCAUUUGGAUUCCACCUGCCAAAGGAUGAUAUAAAAGGGAUCCAGAAAUUGUAUGGACCUCGGAAAUCUGGGGCAGAAGGGCCCAAGGUACCACAGAACCCUCCUACAAACCCAUCAGGUCCAUCAAACCCAGAUCACUGUGAUGCUACCUCAUCAUUUGAUGCUGUCACAAUGCUGGGGAAAGAACUUCUAUUCUUCAGAGACAGGUUCUUCUGGAGGAGGCAGGCUCAGCUGACAACAAACGUCUGGCCAAACACUAUCACUGGCUCCUUUCCUCAGCUUAUGGGAAAUGUGGAUGCUGCUUAUGAAGUUGCUGAGAGAGGAGUGGCUUAUUUUUUUAAAGGUCCUCAUUAUUGGGUAACUCGAGGAUUUCAAAUGCAGGGAUCUCCUCGAACCAUCUCAGACUUUGGGUUUUCAAGAAAAGUACAGCACAUUGAUGCAGCUGUCCACCUAAAUGAUGAAAAGAAGACACUCUUCUUUGUGGGAGAUGAAUAUUACAGCUAUGAUGAAGCAAAAAUGAGGAUGGAAAAAGAUUAUCCAAAGGGUGUUGAUGAAGAGUUCACAGGAAUCAAAGGCAAAAUAGAUGCAGCAGUGGAAGUGAAUGGAUUCAUUUACUUCUUUUCUGGCCCUAAAGCUUAUAAAUAUGACAGAGAGAAGGAAGAUGUGGUUAAUAUUGUGAAAGCCAGUUCCUGGAUUGGUUGCUAA